AUGUCCUCUUUGCUCUCUGCAGCCGAAGAUCCAUUUUCUGAAAUUGGCGCUGAAUCGUGUACACAACGAUUUCUUCUUCAAGUGGCAAUGGAUCCCAAGGGUCUUGACAGCGAUAAGUCGGCGAGUAGGCUCUAUGUGGGCAAUCUGGAUUUCAGGAUAUCAGAGUCUGACGUUAUCAAGAUGUUUUCCCCCUAUGGAAAGAUCAUAGCUGAGGAUUUCCUGUUGCAUACGCGUGGCCCGAAGCGAGGCGAGCCUCGUGGUUAUGCCUUUGUUCAGUACACUACCAAAGAGGAAGCUCAGUUGGCAAAGGAGAAGAUGAAUGGCAAGUUGGUCUGUGGACGUCCUGUGGUGGUUCACCUGGCGAGCGAGAAGUGCUUCCUAGAUUCCGGUAAUUCACAAAGAGCGCUGAAAGAUAAGAAACUGGCAGGUGGUUCAGGAAGCAAAUCAGCACAAACUGAUCGUGCUGCAAAGAUAUCUGCGAUAAAAAACAAGUUGAAGUCUCUGGAGAAUGAUGGCUGUAGCACAAAGAGACCAAGACUUAACCCAGAUGACUUGAAAAGCACUGGAGAACAAUCUGAUAAGAAGCUUUGA